AUGGCUCCCACCAACGUCAUUGAAAUUGAUGAUGAUGACCCCGACCCAGAGGUCAAAGUCGUCAAGGUGCGUAUCCCCCGCAAACGGGUGCCGGAGCUCACCCGCCGAAGAGCUGCACGGCGUGCUCAGCGUCAAGAAAUCGACUUGACAAUUGACUCGGAUGAGGAUCCAAUCAGUGUACCGCAGCUUGACCUACGCGUAAUUGAGCCCUCUUCGAGCCUUUCCAACGGGCGAGAGGAUAGCUUAAAUUCCCUUUCCAAUGACCUGCGGAAGGUACAGGAGGGUGCUGGAGGUCAAAUGCCACCUAUGGCAGAUGUUGAACGCAUGAAAAGAGUCGCAUCCCAGGAUCUGAGGCCCUCACGUCCGCCCAAGCGUCUCAACUCUGGUGCUUCGCCGCACAGCGCCCCUCUACGAUUUGGCAGUCAACGAACGCAGUCUUCAAAGCGUAAGCGGCCCGAACCAAGGUGGAAUGGAGCUCCCCUGUGUAUUGUUAUCGAUGAUUCCGAUGAUGAUAUGACGGUACAGCAUACUUCGAAGCGUGCGAGGCAGGGCGUGGCAGAUGAUGGGCUUGUAGGACCACAAGGUUCCGAUUCGCCAAUAUAUGGCUCACCUCGAGUCCUGCCAGCGCAUGGACCGGACGAAGAGGAAGAGGAUGAAUGGGAAAACUAUCAUGACGGUUUUCACCUGAUCCAUGGCACCUCUUGGAAGCCCGCUGCAGUCAGCCUUAUUUCUCGGCCCGACUCUCUGGACGACCUGGCAGAUGAAUUCCAGAACCUUUCCGCAGUGGAAGAGCCAGCGCAACCAGGGUUUGCUGACUACCAUGGAAGGGCGCAGGUCCCCCCGCUUGACAUCCCGGAGCCGACAGGCGACCGCCCGUAUCCGUGCGCUGGCGCCAUGCACCCUAAAUAUGCAUAUCCUCCGCGCCACGGCCCCCCUCUCUUUGCGGGCUUGCAACAACUCCGGAACCAUGGUCGAAGACUACAAGCGCUAUCGCGAGGAGUCGGGCUACUUAGCGGCUUGGACUAUCUCAAGGAGACGACCGCUAUCUGUGAUACUCCAGGGUCUGUGAAUAAGAUUUUACAAGCAAACAGGAUUGUUCUCUCAUGUAGUGCAGUGCCAGGCGGAGGAAUCGAUCACCUGGAUGAUCCUGUCAAUCCGCCGUCCUCGAAUAUCGAUGGGGCUUUGACCCUUUGGCGUGAUGGUGAAUUACACAAACUGCACGCCCACAGGAAGGUAUUGAAGACUCCAAACACUUACAGAUGGUAUACUAUCAAUGACAUUCAAUGGGACCUUUCGGAGCCGACACCUAGCGUCUUUGCUUCUUCUGGCAAUGAUGGCUUUGUGCGCAUUUGGGACAUCGAUGCUAUCUGGGGUACAGCGAAUGACCACGGAAAUGAGCAUGUUCACUAUCGAGGAGAUGAAGCAGUACCUGGUCAAGGGCGAUCAUGUCAGUGCAUCCACCGUACUGACUAUAUCCAUCCCUUCGCUGCACAAUAUGACUUCGACGGAGCCAUCCCAAUGGAUAUCGCAUUUAGGCCUGGGCACCGUGACCUCGCAGUCGCUUGUAAUGAUGGCACCUUGACGGUGGUGCAUCAUCCGCUGAACCAGGGUGCCGAUACCCUGCAGCUUGCCUUUGCACAGCGUGGGCACUCGACGGGGGCUAUAACCUGGGGUCGCGGACCCACCUCAUCUAUUAUUUUCGCAUCGUCAGAGUCGCCGUCUGGCAAUGCAACAGAUGUGCAUAUCCAUUUCGGUUGCGAUAUCGCCAAGCCAAGCCACAAGCCACGGUUUAGUGCCACGGAGUGUGGUGACGCAAUGGUCAUAGAUCCAUCAGGGAAGACUCUGGCUUUGUUCACAGCCAAAGGAGACGAAUAUCACCGUCUACGCGUGUAUGAUGUGCAGCAUAGAGAAUUCCGCAAGCCAGCGCAAGUUGUCGACUUGGAGCCAUUCAAUGGGAUGCUACCUGACGCGGAGGGGUGUGUGCGAUUGUGGGACAUGCAAAAGUCGGACGAUAGCAAAUCGAACGGCCAGAUCAUCGCGCAGAGUAAUUACAAUAUCGGCACCUUCUCUAUCGGGGACCCGGCGGAGGGGGUCCCGAACGUGAUUCUUGGAGAUUGUGGGGGCCACGUCCGAAUGUUCAAACGUGGCAGAGCUUCCGAGUGAUUACCAUCCAUUGCUAUUUCUUGUGUGGAGUGGAUUGGAGAUCUCUGGGGUACUAUCUAUUCGACUACUGUAGCUCACAUCUACUGGCUAUUCAUUGGUGAUAUCCAUGCGCGAGCAAGCGCUUUCGUGAUUUGCAGCCUCCCCUUUAUGUGACCACACGGAACAAACAGCCCUGCUCUAUGUACGCCACCAAAAUCGUCUAUGAUCUCAUCGCUACCUGCUGCUGCCCGGAUUGUCGUUGUGCCAAAUUCGAACCAGUCAGUCUUGGCUCUCUCGUCUAUUACCACCCGCCUCGUCCUCGGACCUCCACGUCCAACACCUUCCUCAUAUCUCGCACGUCCUCUCCGACAUCCCGUCGUUCGACCCACGACCCGACAGCGACCCUCCCGAUGCCCCGGAACAGGCCCUCG